GAUUUACGGACGCGCUUGCCGCUUGACAUCACGAUGAUCCACAAUGCAUGUGCGAAGCUUGACGGAGCUUGGGUAGGUAACACUGCAUCAUAGUCUGGACUGCUUAUUCGAGAUGAAAGGUUGUUCAAGAUUCCCUACAACGUUGACCUUCCCGCCGAAAUCCUCAAUUCAAUCACGACAUACCUCUAGCCUGACACUAACUCUGGCAACAUCGACAUGACGUCCACAAACGGCAUCAACGGACAACAUGCUGAAAUUCAGAAGCUCGCCAUGAUCGGCUGCGGAGCCAUGGGCGGCGGCAUGGCUCUUCUCUUCGCUGAGCAUGGCUGUGAUGUCGUCCUUCGAGAUCCUUCCAACGAAGCCAUGGACAAAGUUUUGGACGCAGCGAAGAAAGACAACGUCGGCAACAAGAUCUCCAAGUCUCAGAGUGAUGAGGAAAUGUGCAAGGCUUUUGGAGAUCAGAGGAAGGUCUUCGUUUGGUCUUUGCCUCACGGUUAUGUUGGCGACACAGUGCUCGAUGGAUUGAUGCCCUACCUUCGAAAAGACGAUAUCAUCAUCGACUGUGCCAAUGAGAACUGGCAGAAUACGGAGCGUCGAAUCGCCAAGAGCGCCCCCAAGGGCAUCCGCUACGUGGGCUGCGGCGUCAGUGGAGGCUACCAAGCUGCGCGUCGAGGCCCUUCAAUGUGUCCCGGCACAGAUACAUCCACCUUUGACAUUGUCCUACCACUGCUACAAAAGGUUGCUGCCAAAGCUCCCGAUGGAACACCAUGUGUUGCUCGUAUUGGAACUGGUGGUGCAGGUCACUACUGCAAGAUGAUUCACAAUGGAAUUGAGCACGGCAUGAUGUCCGCAAUCUGCGAGACUUGGAGCCUCAUGACCAAAGGCCUCGACUUAUCCCAAGAUGAAAUUGGCGAUAUCUUUGCCCAAUGGAACAAAUAUGGCGAGCUUCAAGGCACAUUCCUCGUUCGCAUCGGAGCGGAAAUUUGCAAGACCAAGAAUGAGAAAGGCGAACGCGUGCUCGAUACUGUAGAAGACAAAGUCGUGCAAGACGUAUGUGGCGAAGAAGGAACGGGCAUCUGGUCAAACACGCAAGCUGUUGACUUGCAUAUUCCCGCUCCGACUCUGACGACUGCUCAUUAUCUCCGUCUCGCAUCGGCGGAUCUGCACCAACGGCGUGUCGUCAACAAGACAUUUGGCGGGAACUUCCCUCCUCAACCUCUCAAAACCAUCAAGGACAAGAAAGCGUUCGUUGAAGACCUCCGCCUUGCGACCUACGGCGCUUGCCUUGCAUCUUACUGCCAGGGCAUGAACAUCAUCGCGACAGCAGACAAGGAGAACCACUUCAACAUCGACUACCACUCUCUCAUCCAGAUCUGGCGUGCAGGAUGCAUCAUCCAAGCCGACUAUAUCUCCUCCAAACUCCUCCUUCCACACUACAAGACCUACUCCUCUGUCUCUUCCAUCUCGAAUCAUGAAGAGAUGAAUCCUCUCUCUGUCCCCUCUGUCGCCGCCGAUCUGAAGAAGACCUUCGCCCCACUCAAGAGAGUUAUCCUCGCCGCGACGGAGAACGACCAUGUCGUUCCGGCGCUGAGCUCAACGCUGGAGUAUCUGAAGAUGAUGACGAGUGUAGAUCUACCAACAAGCUUCCAGGAGGCCGAGCUGGACUAUUUUGGGCGACAUAUGUUUGAUAUCAAAGGGAAGGAUGAGCAGGGCUUGCCAACGAUCGGAAAGCACCAUUACGAGUGGAAGGCGGCUUAGGAUGUAGCACUUUGACGACAUAGCAACUAAUCAAAAGUAAUGGACCGCGA